CUCCCCACACCACAUACCACACCUCCCUCCGCCAUCUCCUUUCGCCUCCAACAAUCCGAGCAUUCAAAGGCAUCGGCGCAUUUCUAACCGUUCUCGGCUGUAUAUCCCUAGCAUCUAUCGAUUGCAUAUCGAUCGUGACUGGGUUCGACCUUCCCCCCGGCAAUCCGGACUGUCCUCUUACUCCUCCCGGACGCAGGCCGGCAGAGGCGGUGUACACCCAAGAUGACGACCUUUACAGAAGCCAACAAGGAGCAUUUCAACAACGCGGCCGCCACGUACGAUGAAAAGCCGUGGAUGAAAGACCUCUCCGCCCAAAUCGGCACCGCCCUCCUCGAGCGCAAAGACUGGGCGGGCGUCCGAUGGCACGAGCCCGGCGAGAUUGGCGGCCGCGAAGUCAAGCUCCUCGACUACGCCUGCGGCACGGGCUCCGUCACCAAGGCCUACGGCCCGCUCGUGACCAAGGUGAUCGGCGUCGACAUCAGCCCUAACAUGGUGCAGCUGUACAAUCAAGAGGCCGCGUCGGCAGGUCUGCAGCCGGAACAGGUGCGCGCGGUCGCGGGCGAUUUGUUCGCCGACGAAGUCCCCGCCGAGCUGAACACGGCCGAGUUCUACAACUUCGACGUCAUCGUCGUCGGGCUGGGUUUCCACCACUUCGAGAACCCGGUCCUCGCCAUCCAGCGCCUGUCCGAGCGGCUGAAAGCCGGCCGCGGCGUCCUCAUGAUCAUCGACUUCCUGCCCUUCGAAAACGAAGCCGAAGACGGCGCAAAUGGCACAAUCAAGCACGCUGGCUUCCAGCGCUCGAAUUUGCUGCGCUUACACGACCUCGCGAAACUGGAAAAAUUCAGCUUCAGCGUGGUGGACGAGGAGGCCGUCAUGCAGCUGCAGCACGGCACGCGCAAGCGCAAGAUGUUCGUCACCAAGGCGCUCGCGCCGCCGACGGCGUGGGGCAAGUUUUCGAAUUGGUUGACGCAGUAUCAAAUCACCGCUAGCGAGCAGAUGCGCAUUGAACCUAAGCGGCCGGUCCCGCAGCAGCUUGGGUUCACUGGGCAGACGAACGUGGCGCAGAGCGAUACGUGGCAUCGCGAGUUCAACGACAAGUUCAAAUGAGGGGUGGCAGAGUGUGUGUCGGGGUUAGAAGUAAUUUGACGGCAUGGGCGUUUCCCACGAGCUGCCUGUGGGUUCCUGGUGUAUAUUCUGCUUGUUGUUAUCUGUGAAGAUGGGUGUAGAUAUCCCGUUCGCGGACCGAAGCAAGAGGGAUGGCGUCAAUGGCAU